AUGGAGAUGGCCUCGUACCAAGAAAAUCUCGGGACACUAGAGAUCCCCGAGGACGAUCUGCUUACAGCUGACCUUACUGCUAAUCGGCAUGUUGCCCUGUUGUGGCCGAGCACCCCACAGAUGGUGCACUUGUAUGGCUUCCUCGCCUUUCCGCCAACCUCACCAUGA